AUGGCGGAGGUCGUCGAAAUUGCGCGCUCGGAGAAAGAUGCCGACAACGGAGACUACAUGAUCAAGCCGCAGGGCUUCACUCCGGCCAUCGAUACAUCCCACUGGCCAAUCCUCCUCAAGAACUACAACCUCCUCAACGUCCGUACCGGCCACUACACUCCCAUCUCCGCCGGUCACUCUCCUCUGAAACGUCCCCUCAAAGAGUAUAUCAGGUACGGUGUCAUCAAUCUCGAUAAACCGGCUAACCCUUCUUCGCACGAGGUCGUUGCUUGGAUCAAGCGUAUCCUCAAUGUCGAGAAAACCGGUCACAGUGGGACUCUCGACCCUAAGGUCACGGGAAAUCUAAUUGUCUGCGUCGACCGAGCCACACGGCUCGUGAAAUCGCAGCAAGGUGCGGGUAAAGAGUACGUCUGUGUGGCUCGCCUUCACUCUGCUGUUCCCGAUGUUGCUAAAGUCGCUAGAGCCCACGAAUCGCUCACCGGAGCUGUGUUUCAGAGGCCUCCUCUGAUCUCUGCCGUGAAGAGACAGCUUAGGAUUAGAACAAUCUACCAAAGCAAGCUGCUUGAGUACGAUGCGGAUAGGCAUUUGGUCGUUUUCUGA